UUGUUACAGCAAGAUUUCUCUAAGUCCGUGACACCUGGGGGUCAUAUCACCGGUCAGAACGAUAUUCCACUUACUCCUCUACUUCAUGACGAGAAAGGAGAAAACGCUUGGUUUGUUGCUGGAGUCAUUCCUUUGGAUAAGAAGAACACAUUUGAGCGUGUACUGUGGAGAGCUUGCAGACGAACGGCUUUUGUACGCAUUAGUGAUAUAACACUCACCCUCGAAGACCCCGUAACGCGCAGUAAUGCAAACCUUUCAGCUCGAUCCUAUCCUGAAAUGUGUGUUUAUUGUCUUCUUCAAGGGAGAAAGUCUCAAACUUAUUAUCGACAAAGUGUGCGAUGGGUAAGAUUGUUUAGGUUCAAUGCUCGACAAUACCCAUGCCCGAAAACGUCGAAAGAGCGGCAGACAGCGCUGUUUGAAACAAUAGCUCGGAUACAAGAUCUCAAAAUAGUUAUAGAUAGCACUCAGAAACAUCGCUUUCAGAUACUAAACGAUGUCGCAGAUGAUUUGCCAGUCUGGCUAAAGAAGGUCCAUCUGCAAAAGGCUAUUUACAACACAUUAAAUAUGUUUACUGUUGAUACUAAUGGUUUUCUGGCAGCCGAAUGUUGGAUUCCAGAAAAUGAAAUGGACACUGUACAUAGUGCACUUCAAGAUGGACUCGUGAGUUUUUUCCUCAUUUAUAUUUGAGU